GGGAUAAUGACAGACCACGGAACGCUAUAAAGUUAACGCUCAACCUUUCAGUCGAACCAUAAAACGUAUAGUUAUGUGCAAAGCGUUAUCGUAUGUUAAAAGGUGUUAUCGUUAGUGUUGCAGUGAUUAAGCCGUUUUAAGAAUACAUGUACACGAAGUGAAACCUUUAACUCCUUAACCAUCAUUUGGUGGACAUAUGUGGGGAUAGCCAUGAUGUCUAUUUGGAUGUCUUGUUUGGUCACUUUCUCGUCGUUACGGGUGUAUACAGUAGCGGACACAAUACCUGUGUUAGACACUCUGGAGAGAAUUGCCAUCUUUGGGACGGAUGCCUCCACUGACUUGCCGGAAUACCAGUCGGUUGUCGUGCAUCUCUUGAACGGAACGGAACAUUCCGACGUCGACGUCAAGCAAUUCCGGAAGCGGCCGCCAACACUGCAGUACCGAGUGUCGUUCGGCAACGAAACGUUCACGAUCAAUCUGCGAAAGAAUACGAACAUGAUUUCAUCGGGCUGCAUCAUCCGUCAAGUGAAUGGAAGCGGCCACUCAACGGUGAGCCCCUGCAUGGAGCAUGACGUCACGUGCUACUACACCGGAACUACCAGCGCCCACAACGACUCCUGGGUGGCGGCCAGCGUCUGUGGAGGGCUGAAAGGGUUGCUCAGUUUCGGCAACACGAGCCUGUUCAUCUACCCCAUGAAGCGGACGUCGGAUCAGACGUCAACGUCAGCGUCGCCCAAUCAUCUGAUCUACCGGUACCAGGGAGACAAGCACGUGUGCAAGACGGAAGACGACGUUACCGACAUACUCUAUCCCACUUCUCAAGCACAAGGGAGGCACCAGGUCAACGAAAUGAAAACCAGGUACAUAGAGGCGGGGAUCGUUGUCGACCCUGUCAUGGCGAGAUUCCACAACGACAACAUUUUCCAGUACGUCUUCACUGGCUUUAACAUCGCGUCGAAGUUGUUCGCAGACCGGUCCAUUGGCACGUUGAUGAAACUCUUAUUGUCAGAGAUCAUUGUGUUCAACUCGUCCAAUGGGUUUGAUGUGAGUGACACAGUGGACGCUAAGAAGACAAUGAAUAGUUUCUGUGAGUGGCAGAGCAAGCAUCACACGCUGAACACAACUGACGUUACCAUCCUUUUAACACGAAAUGAUAUUGAAUAUGGCGCCAAUGACAACGGGAAGUCCACCAUUGGUCUUGCGUUCCCCUCUGGUGCGUGUAAGAUACGAGAUAAGUGUGCCGUCGUGGAAGAUACUGGCCCCGUAUUCGGCAUCACCCUGGCGCAUGAAAUAGGCCACCUUAUCGGCAUGAGCCAUGACAACGAUAGCCACUGUUCUCCCGCCCUCAUGUCCGCGUACGGCAAUUCUGGAGUGGACGCCUUCCGAUGGUCCAAUUGCAGCGCCAAGGAACUCAACAACAACAGGUAG